AUCACGUUUGCCAUUUCAAUAAUUGAUUGGUGCAGUGUCUGUAAUGCAAAGCUAACAUAUAUUAUUUAGCUAUGUUACUUCAACUUGUCAUAUUUUAUUUUCUAAUGUGCAUAAUGUACCUAAUUUCUCUAGUAUAUAAUGUAAUGCACAUUAAAACUGUUACGGCUGAUGGCAGUCUUCAUAGUUUUUUGACGUAUGGAGGUUUUGGUGGUAAAUUGAAGUACCUGACGUUUUGGAAUUUGGUGCUUCAGACAUUUUACUUUGGUUUGUGUACUGUAAAUGCAGUGUUCGGAAGUAAUGUGGAUGUGUGUGGUAAUCCCAGGACAAGAUCAAAACUUCAGAAAUGGAAAGAUUAUCUCCACACGACUUUGGUGUUCCCAGUUGGAGCUUUUGUCGUGGGGAUGUUCUGGUCGAUCUAUGUUGUCGACCGGGAACUCGUCUACCCCAGGAAGCUAGAUGCUAUUAUUCCGCAGUGGCUUAAUCAUGUGAUGCAUACAACAGUUCUGCCGAUAUUACUUGUAGAAAAGAUGCUGACCUAUCAUCAUCUUCCCCGAAGGAGGAGUGCUAUUUCUGGCUUAGUUCUGUUUUGUGGAAUAUAUUUUGCAUGGAUCAUGUGGGUAGCAUACUACGCUGACCUGUGGGUGUACGGGAUCCUGCGAGUGAUGGAAGUCUAUCAGAGAGCAAUCUUCAUCUUGUUCUGUCUCAUGUUCUUCAUCAGUAUAUACCUGGUGGGAGAAGCCUUAACCAAAUUCAUAUGGAGAAAUCAGAAAAAAUAUUCUACAUCUAAGUUGUCAUAAAGGAGAAA